GUCACAUAGAUUGUAUACGAACUCAAAAUGUACACUGAGCAGGGUUACGGCUAGCUGACUAUAGCUGCCCGUCAAGAUAGCUUAUGUGCUAACCGAGCUACGUUGCGUUAGCUGUCACUGAAGCAGCACAGAUCUGCUGUAUCUUAGCUGGGUUAGCUUAGCUAACGUCCGCUAUCUUAUACGAUGUAAAACUGAAUAGCAGUUAGCUAACUUGGCUAGCUAGCUAACGUUAGAUUUAUUACCAGCUAAUCAGCCAGCAUAGACAGACAGGCAGACAGAGAGAUAGAUGGAGAGAUAGAUAACAUGCUGUUUAAGUUGGCACCCCAAAAACAGAAAAAGGCAAGCUAGCUAGCUGUCUGGCACUUGGUGUUCUUUUGCCUGACCCUAACUGCUGCUUGUGAUAGGGACGUCCUCAUGUGUAUCAUUUUCUUCAAGUUUGACCCGCGGCCUGCGUCCAAAAAUGCCUACAGGCUCGUUCUGGCCGCCAACAGAGACGAGACCUACAGCAGGCCGUCCAAGGCCGCCGACUUCUGGGGCAACGGCAAGGAGAUCCUCGGCGGUCUGGAUCUGGAGGAGGGGAAGGAGGGCGGCUCCUGGCUCGGGGUCACCAAGCGGGGAAAGCUGGCGGCGCUGACCAAUUACAUGGAGUGGAGGACCAACCCGGACGCCCAUGGGAGAGGAUUUCUGGUGUCAAACUACCUGACGGACAGCCUGGACAGCUUCUCGUACCUGCGCAAGGUGGCAUCCGAGGGCCACCUGUACAACGGCUUCAACCUCCUCACGGCCGACUUCAGAGCCGAUGAAGACACGGUGUGUUACUAUGGAAACAAGGGAGCUCCGGAGCCCAUUCGCCUGAAAGCGGCAGGAAUCUAUGCGUUGAGUAACUCUUUGCUGGAGACUCCAUGGCGGAAACUGCAACAUGGCAAGCGUCUUUUCACCAGUGUGGUGAACAAAACACUGCCGCCUGAAGGUCUGGUGCAGGAAUUGCUACACAUCUUGAACAAUGAGGAGCUACACACUCCAGACCCCAUGCAGGAGAGUCAGGGUGUGGGCUACAGUAAGGACAUGCUCCAAGCCCUGUCGGCCUUGUGUGUGCGCUCACCGGGGUAUGGCACCAGGACCAACACGGUUAUCCUGAUUGACAGAGAUGACAACGUGAGCUUCACGGAGCGCAACAUGCUGAACUGCGACGUCACACAGUGGAGCACCACGUCCUUCGACUUCCAACUGCAGUACUGAGGGGCGGGACAGCGGGCGAAGGGGGCGGGGCCACAGGCGCUGGGCCUUUAUAGACGCGCUCCCGUCCCUGCUCGCUCAAGCUGUGCAACACUGCUAGCCACAACAAUGUUUCAUCUCUGAGCAAGUUCCCUGGUUUCAUUUCAGUGGGAAAUGGAUACGGCUCAUGUGAUCCUGAGGGCUAAAUCGAUGUUUGCGAUGUGUUAUUUAUGGUGCACUGAAUGUGUUCGUCCAUAACACAAAUUUGAAAAUGACAAUAUCGAAGCCUUUAUUUUUCAAACGCGCUAUGAGUCCUGUAGCGUAGAAUACUUUUAUAUGCCAAAGAAACAAAGUUGCUUUUUUUUCUUCUAUCGUGAACAAAAUAAAUGGUUAAUGUGCUAUUGCAAACAAAGCAUUAAGCAUUAUUAGCUGUUUGUUCCUUUAGUGAUAUAUAGCGCAAGAGGACUUUUAAUAGGAAAUUGCAGCAUCACGGUUCAGCGCACGUAGUGUAGCAUAAACUCAGGAAUAACGCUGUUCUGGAGAUUCGUCACCACUGAACUUUCGUUCUAGUUAAUUAACUCUGGGAACAGCCAUUGGUGUAAGGAAUCUGCAUUAAACUUUGGGGGUUUUGUUUUCCUCGUCA